GACUAGCCGCGCUGGGUCUCGCGCUCCGCAGAGCAGCACGAGUCUCUGCCGCCUCGCUCCUACGCCUCCGCGCGGUCUCCCUGGGCAGCCACCGCGUUCCCCACCCGCAGCCCUUCGCCUGCGACCCGAAGUCGGGGUCCCGCGCCCUGACUCCGCCCCCCAUCCCCCAGCGGACUCGCGCGCUCGGGGCCCGGCCUCUCACUCACGCAGGCCGCGGAGCGCUCGGCGGCCUCCCCCUCCUUCCCUGCUCGGCUCGCGCUCCCCGGGCACUCUCGCUCUCGCGCUCUCCAAAGCGAGCGCGCUCCCGGCCCGCGCGCUCCGGGCUCUGGCUUCUCCCGGCUCCUGUCAGUGCGGUGACUGCGCUGGGAAACAUGGCGACCGAGGGAAUGAUCCUCACUAACCACGACCACCAAAUCCGGGUUGGAGUCCUCACAGUGAGUGAUAGUUGCUUCAGAAAUCUUGCAGAAGAUCGCAGUGGGAUAAAUCUCAAAGAUCUCGUACAAGAUCCUUCUUUGUUGGGUGGGACUAUAUCAGCAUACAAGAUAGUACCAGAUGAAAUAGAAGAAAUCAAGGAAACCCUGAUAGAUUGGUGUGAUGAAAAGGAACUUAAUUUGAUAUUAACAACUGGAGGAACAGGGUUUGCACCACGAGAUGUCACUCCAGAGAAAUUCCCAACAUUCCCAUUUUGUGGGCUCCAGAAAGGGGCCACAAAAGAAGUAAUAGAACGGGAAGCACCAGGGAUGGCCCUGGCAAUGCUGAUGGGAUCACUUAAUGUUACACCUCUGGGCAUGCUCUCUAGGCCUGUAUGUGGAAUCAGAGGGAAAACUCUCAUAAUUAACUUGCCAGGUAGCAAGAAAGGAUCUCAGGAAUGCUUUCAGUUCAUACUACCAGCCCUACCUCAUGCCAUUGACCUUUUACGUGAUGCCAUUGUAAAAGUAAAGGAAGUUCAUGAUGAACUUGAAGAUUUACCUUCCCCGCCACCACCUCUUUCCCCUCCUCCCACAACUAGCCCCCAUAAACAGACAGAAGACAAAGGGGUUCAAUGUGAGGAAGAGGAAGAAGAGAAGAAAGAUAGUGGUGUUGCUUCAACAGAAGAUAGUUCUUCAUCACAUAUAACUGCAGCAGCCAUUGCGGCCAAGAAGCAUCCAUUCUACACCAGUCCUGCUGUUAUCAUGGCACACGGUGAGCAGCCCAUCCCUGGUCUCAUCAGUUAUUCCCAUGAUGCAACAGGCAGUGCAGAGGAACCGAUUCCAGACUCCAUCAUUUCUCGUGGCGUUCAGGUGCUCCCACGAGACACAGCCUCCCUCAGUACUACUCCUUCGGAAUCUCCUCGUGCUCAGGCUACAUCUCGCCUUUCUACAGCUUCCUGCCCGACACCAAAACAAAUUAGACGGCCGGAUGAAAGCAAAGGAGUUGCUAGUAGAGUUGGAUCCCUCAAAGUCCAGUCCAGGUGCAGCAGCAAGGAGAACAUUCUCAGAGCCAGUCACAGUGCUGUCGAUAUCACCAAGGUGGCUAGAAGACACCGCAUGUCUCCUUUUCCUCUGACAUCUAUGGACAAAGCCUUUAUCACAGUCCUGGAGAUGACUCCGGUGCUUGGGACAGAAAUCAUCAACUACCGAGAUGGAAUGGGGCGAGUCCUUGCUCAAGAUGUAUAUGCAAAAGACAACCUACCCCCUUUCCCAGCAUCAGUAAAAGAUGGCUAUGCUGUCCGAGCUGCUGAUGGCCCAGGAGAUCGUUUCAUCAUUGGAGAAUCCCAAGCUGGUGAACAGCCGACCCAGACAGUAAUGCCAGGACAAGUCAUGCGGGUUACAACAGGUGCUCCAAUCCCCUGUGGUGCUGAUGCAGUAGUACAAGUGGAAGAUACUGAACUUAUCAGGGAAUCCGAUGAUGGCACUGAGGAGCUUGAAGUACGAAUUCUGGUGCAAGCUCGGCCAGGCCAAGAUAUCAGACCCAUUGGCCAUGACAUUAAAAGAGGGGAAUGCGUUUUGGCCAAAGGAACCCACAUGGGCCCCUCAGAGAUUGGUCUUCUGGCAACUGUAGGUGUUACAGAGGUUGAAGUUAAUAAGUUUCCGGUGGUUGCAGUCAUGUCAACAGGGAAUGAGUUGCUAAAUCCUGAAGACGACCUCUUACCAGGAAAGAUUCGAGACAGCAAUCGUUCAACCCUCUUAGCAACAAUUCAGGAACAUGGUUACCCCACAAUCAACUUGGGAAUUGUGGGAGACAACCCAGAUGACUUACUCAAUGCCUUGAAUGAGGGUAUCAGUCGUGCUGAUGUCAUCAUCACAUCAGGGGGUGUGUCCAUGGGGGAAAAGGACUAUCUCAAGCAGGUGCUGGACAUUGAUCUUCAUGCCCAGAUCCAUUUUGGCAGGGUUUUUAUGAAACCAGGCCUGCCAACAACAUUUGCAACUUUGGAUAUUGAUGGUGUAAGAAAAAUAAUCUUUGCACUACCAGGGAAUCCUGUGUCAGCCGUGGUCACCUGCAAUCUCUUUGUUGUGCCUGCACUGAGAAAGAUGCAAGGCAUCUUGGAUCCUCGGCCAACCAUCAUCAAAGCCAGGUUAUCAUGUGAUGUAAAGCUGGAUCCUCGCCCAGAAUACCAUCGGUGUAUACUGACUUGGCAUCACCAAGAACCACUCCCUUGGGCACAGAGUACAGGUAAUCAGAUGAGCAGCCGUCUGAUGAGCAUGCGCAGCGCCAACGGAUUAUUGAUGCUUCCUCCAAAGACAGAGCAGUACGUGGAGCUCCACAAGGGCGAGGUGGUGGACGUCAUGGUCAUCGGACGGCUAUGAUGGUCACCAGUGGGAGAAAGCUUUGAUGCAUGUCCACAUAUCAUUGACUGUAUCCUGUAAUAUGCAACGGCACAGCUAGUUUUUCUGAUUUGGAUAAAAGUUGAUCUGUAUAGUCAACAUCUUGAACUAUAUUUCAAAAGAAUUUAAAUACCUUUUAAAGAAAAAAACACCUAAAAAUAAAUCUUAACAGACAACUCUAUUCUGAUUAUAUCAAAGCAAAUUUUUCCUUUCUUGCAAAUUGCUUUGUGUGUUCAAUGCUAGGUCUGAUAGCGAUAGCUUUUAGUAGACAGCAGUAGGUGCCUGCAGAACUUGUGUUUUUCUCAUCUUUAAAAUACAACUACUUAUGCUCUUAAAUCAAGGCUGUCUGCUUAUUUAUACUAGCGUAGGCAACACUUGGAUUUCCCUUCUUAGUAUGCUUCAUAACUGCUUUCCAGAGAGCUUCCGCUUGUUCUUGACCAUGUAUCGUGUUUAUGUGCACAGUGCCAAGCAGAGAGUGAUGGGUGGCGGCCCUGCCCUGCCUGCAGGAGAGCCAGCCCCGCAGAGCGUCGGGGGAGCGGCUCUCAUCCCAGUAGCCUCGUGGCACAGUACUCUUGGGCAGUAACUGGAUACCUUUUAUUUGAACAAACAAACUGGGGGGGAAAAUGCUUCCUUAAGUGCUGACAGCCUUUUUAACCAAUACAUUUAAAAUUGUACAGAACAAAAAAUAAAAUCAAAGACUGAUCUUGUACAGAUAUUAGUGUUACCAGCAUUCAUGUGGAAAUCAAGAGCAAAGACAAAACAAUGUUAAACAACUCUGUACCAUAACAUUUUCUGUAAUGAUACUGAAACUUAAUGAAUAAAAAAAAUCCUUGGUCAUUAUUUAAAAUCC